UCCAUUCUCUAUUCAAAAUCAGACUCAAUUUAAAUUAAAUUUCUGAGCACCGCCCAUUGGUGUUUCGCUUCUUGUUUUUGCUCGUUUUUUAUCGUUUUGAAUUUCUCUUUGUGAACAUCAUUCGGACAUUUGGACUCGGGGAGCAGGACCAUGUUCGAUACCACGCUGGGCAUGCUGGUCAGUUGGCUGGCACAGGGCAUUUGCCUGCUGCUCAGCCAGGCCUGGCAGCAUCCGCUGAUAGCCACCGGCGUCUGCCUGCUGCUCAGCUUCUUCAACCAGGCGGACGAACAGCUGCGCAAGGAACUGGGCGACGAACUGCGCGAACGUUUCCAGGGCUUCAGCAGACUCUACCCCUUCUCGUAUCUGUGGCGCAAUGGCGUCAAGGGCGUGGCCGGCAGCUUUGACUAUACCAUAAUGCACGGCCCGCACACCUGGACCCAGUCGGUGAUCAAUCAGAGCCCCGUCAACAUUGACGAGCAGGUGGUGCAGCGUCUGGCCAUACGCGAGCUGCUCAACUGGAACCACUACGACGAGCUGCCGGCCAGCAUUGUGCUGGAGAACACCGGACAGACGCUGCUGCUGCGCGCCCAGUUUCGCAGCAAUGUGCCGACCAUCAGUGGAGCCGAUCUGCUGGCCAGCUACACCUUUGUGGAGCUCUGCUUCCACUGGGGCUGGUCGAACAGCGAGGGCUCCGAGCACACGCUCAAUCAUCGCAAGUUUCCGCUCGAGAUGCAGGUGCUCCAUCGCACCGGGGCCUCGGUGCGUCGCAACAGCUCGAGCAGCUACGAUCUCCUGAUGAUCGCCUACGUCUUCGAGUUGUCCGCCCACAAUCCGUUUCUGGAUCCACUCAUGCAGAACCUGAAGCUGGUGCAGCAGCCCGGCAAGCGUGUGCACGUCGCACCCUUUCCGCUCUCCUAUCUGAUCUACCCGUUUCGCACGGGCUUCUACAGCUACGGCGGUUCGCUGACCCGGCCACCGUGCUACCAGGGCACGGAGUGGUUCAUCUUUCCCGAGUCGCUGGCCAUCAGCGACUUUCAGCUGCGUCACUUUCGCCAGCUGCUCAGCGCUGACGGCGUCACGCCCAUUUCACGCAACUCACGCCCCGUGCAGCAGCUGGGCAACCGGAUCAUCAAUCUGAACUACUUCUGUCCAUACGACGCCACUCAGCUGGCGCGCAUGCGCAUCGAGGUGCUGCAGCAGCAGCAGCAGGAGCUGGACGAGGAACAGGCGCAGUCACAGUCUCAGCAGGAUCAACAGAAGCUGCUGCAGCCGCAACAGCAGCAGAUGCAUCAGCCGCAGCAGGCGGCCAAGGUGCACGAGAUUAAGGCCACUGUGAUCCCCAACUCGGAUGAUGAGGGGCAGCUGAUCGAGACGCUGGACACCACCACCACCAUAACCACCAGCUCCAGUGCCAGCAUCUGCACCACUGUGCUCAAGCGCGACAAAGCGGCCAAUGCGCAGCAGCCGGAGCAGCAGCAGCAGCAGCCAUCGUUGCAAUCGUGCUGUCCCAACUCCAUCAUCUUCUUCAGCUCCAACAACAAGGGCAACAGCAACUCCAAGAGCAACAACGGUGUGACCUUCAGGAACCUGGAGAAAACUGGCAGCGAGGGCGACACCAGCCUGAUCAACAAGUGCCACGGACACUAUCAGCUGGAGCAGGCCGAGGAUCUGAUGCUGACUGUGCCCAGCGCAGUGCCCAUGUGCGGCAUGGGCGAUGGCCUGGGCGUGGGCGUGGCAGUUGGUGGCGGCACAGUACCGAGGGUACAGCUGAUCGAAUAGAUCGCCGACACAUGGCCAAGUGUUGGUUUCUUUAAUUUACUUUUUUUUUUAUAUAACUCAUUUGUAUGUGAAUGCUUUGACCUUGUUCAAUCAGCCAGAGGAACAGCAGGUGGACGACUCAGCCAAGCGGAAGUCCCCUUCCCACACAGAAUAUUGUAAAGUAAUUGAAUUGUCUGUGCGUGCAUUAAACAAAAUGCGUUUGCAUAUUC